UGGAGACUGUCUGACUUGUUCCUGCUGUGAAUGAUCUUGACAGCGAAUCUACUCAGCCAUGUCGUACAGUGCGGGUUUUGGGGAUCCUAAUCAGCUAGCCCAACGUAUAACUUCUAACAUCCAGAAGAUCACGCAAUGCUCUGCUGAAAUACAAAGAAUACUACAUCAGCUUGGAACACCACAGGACACGCCUGAGUUGAGGCAACAGCUGCAGCAGAAGCAGCAAUACACCAACCAGCUUGCCAAAGAAACUGACAAACACAUUAAAGAAUUUGGAUCAUUGCCUGCAACAAGUGAACAGCGUCAAAGAAAAAUACAGAAAGACCGUCUUGUUGGGGAGUUCACCACAGCACUAACAAAUUUCCAAAGACUCCAAAGGCAAGCUGCUGAGAAAGAAAAAGACUUUGUAGCCAGAGUAAGAGCCAGCUCAAGGGUGUCUGGUGGUGCUCCUGAAGAUACCUACAGAGAAGGAACACUUGUCUCUUGGGACAGUCAACCCCAGGCACAAGUGCAAGAUGAAGAAAUUACGGAAGAUGAUCUCCGUCUUAUUCAGGAGAGGGAAUCUUCCAUUAGGCAGCUUGAGGCAGAUAUUAUGGACAUCAAUGAAAUUUUUAAAGAUCUAGGAAUGAUGAUCCAUGAACAAGGUGAUGUGAUAGACAGCAUAGAAGCCAAUGUGGAAAAUGCAGAUGUACAUGUGCAGCAAGCAAACCAGCAGCUGUCAAGAGCAGCAGACUACCAGCAAAGAUCCCGAAAGAAGAUGUGCAUCCUCAUUGUUAUACUUGCAGUUGGAGUAUUGAUUCUUGGAAUUAUCUUAUGGUUAGCUACAAGUAAGUCUCUGGAGAAAGCAUUGUAAUUGGUAUUUAAAUUGUGAAAGGAAAUUCCUAAUCAUGGUUUGUUCAUCGUGAAGCUGUGUAAAAUAAUAGUCCUGUACUUCAUCACACUUAUUUUUUUUAUAAGACUUAUUGUUUUAACAUGAGAAGUAACAUUCUCAGUACUACCAUCAGUAUAACUGCCUGCCCUCUUGGAUGUGGGUGCUGUCUUACCAGAAAAAAAACAAAUUCAUAAACUUCCGUUAACUUAAACAUAAAAACCUCUUAAGGUUUAGGGGGCUAAUCAAAAUCCUGAUACUUUGUUUUGAUGGGACAGGCAAUUAUCUUUUGGGAUACUGCUAAAUGUUGCUGCCAAAACAAACUCCUGAAUUGUUGCUUGAGGCAAUGAAUUCACGUCUCAGAAUUUAUUUUUAAGUUAGAAAUGUCUUUCUAGCUCACUUUCCAUCCUACUCACCUGCCCAUUUGAUAUGGGUGGUUCAAAAAUAAGAUGUAGGUUGCUGAAGUUGGUGUGAUAUCUCCCUUAUAACUGAAGUCUUUGAAUUAAACCUUCAGUUUGCCUGAAAUCUUUUAGAUGCUUCAUUUAUCUCUAUACCUGGCAU